AUGAGGGCUGAGAACUUCACCUCUGUCACCCAGUUCAUCUUGGUGGGACUUUCCAACCACCGCAAGACUCAGAUUCUGCUCUUCGUGGUCAUCCUCCUCAUCUACUUGCUGACCGUGGUGGGGAACCUGGUGAUCAUCAUGCUGAUCCAGGUGGACUCCCGCCUCCACACCCCCAUGUACUUCUUCUUAACCCACCUGUCCAGCCUGGAAAUCUGCUAUGUCACCAGUACAGUGCCUCAGAUGCUGUCUCACCUACUGGCUGGCAAUGGAGCCAUCUCCUUCAGCCGUUGUGCCGCACAAAUGUACAUUGCUUUAUCCCUCGGUAGCACUGAGGGCCUUCUGCUGGGCACCAUGGCCUACGACCGUUACUUGGCUAUCUGCCACCCCUUACUCUACGUCAUUGCCAUGGGCAGGUGGCGCCAGUUGCAGCUGGCCUUAGCCUCUUGGGCAGGCGGCUUCCUCCUCUCCGUGAUGAAUGUGGGUUGUACCCUUCGCCUCCCUUUCUGCGGCCCCAACCACAUCAACCAUUUCUUCUGUGAGCUGCCAGUCGUUCUGAAACUCGCGUGUGCCGACACUCACGUCACAGAGGCUGUUAUAUUUGGGGCAGCCGUGCUGAUCCUCCUGGUUCCCCUCUCGGUUAUCCUGACCUCCUACGGCCUCAUCCUGUCCUCUGUUUUGCAAAUGCAGUCGGCUUCCGGACGUCACAAGGCCUUCUCCACUUGUGCCUCUCACUUGGCGGUGGUCACCUUAUUCUAUGGCACUGUCAUCUCCAUGUACAUGAGGCCUCGGUCAGGCACAGCCACUGACCUUGACAAGAGAAUUGCCAUCUUUUAUAUUGUGGUCACUCCUUUGCUCAACCCCAUCAUUUACACCCUGCGGAACAAGGAUGUCCACGAUGCCGUCGCCAAAGUGAUCCAAAGAUGGGGCUUGGAACCAAAGUUAAAGCAUUAA